GUUCUGCUACUGCUGCUGCCUACAGCUACAAAAGCUGAAGUGCAUCGCUUCUUCUGCCUCUUCUCUGAUACACUGUAACUGUGUAACGUCCUGACUAUCCUAUCAACGCCUGUUGGACUCGAACAUCGCGAUGUCGACCGCAAGCUUCCUAUCGUCACUGCCCGAGCCAAAGUACCACUCAGCUAGGCCGCAACCGCCCAAUCCCCAGAUUAUCCCGCACCUAAUGCGCGCCUUGCGCAAGUCACUAAUCGCAUCCUACAAUCGUCUUUUCAAAGUUUUUCUCCCACAGCGACACCAAGCAAACAUGGAAGCGCUCCAGCUUUCGAGAUCAGAUGUGCAGACCGUGGAGGGAUCAAAAGACUCACUGCCGCUGUGCUCGGACUGCGGCGCUCGAACAUUCGCCAAAUGGGAGAAACGGAGUUGCCUGGGCAUACUGUGCCUCUAGAAAGGAGAUUAGCGUCAGGUGGAAGAAGAUUGCAAGAUGAUAGCAUCAUCGUCAGUAUUUUCAACGACUUCUCCGAAGCUCUCCAGUCUGCCGGACGAUGCGCAUGCGAAUACAUAGCCCAGCGUGCCGUAAUACAACAGCGUCUCGAUGAGAAAGAAGGGCUACAAAAGGAAUACCGUCUCUGGGAACUCGCGCAUCGACAUCGGCAGAAGUGCGCACAUGAUAUCCAUCGCCGCUCUGCCAGCUUCUCCGACUCCAAAGAUGAAGCCGUUCACCGUCGCUCAGAAGCGCGCAAGGAGCGGAGACAAUAGUUCCGGCGUGAAGAGUGGCGAACGAAGAUGGGAAUAAAGAGGAAGUUAGAAGCCUCUGCACGAGAGCAUG